CUCCUGGUGGGGUGUCUCCGCCUUUGCGUCGCCCUCUGCUGACAUGUUUCUCUCGUGCUGUACCUAUGGACUCGUAAAACAAACACCCCCCCGGACCGGACCCCUCUCCUCCAGGUCGCUGCUGUUGUGGUGCAGUCAGUCAGUGUAGUGAGUCAGCUAGCCAAGUGGCUAACGUGGCUAGCUAGCUCGCAGCCAUGUCAGCGUGGCGCGGGGUGCGCGUGAGCCUGCGGGCGGCUCGCGGGUUAUUUCGCGGCACGCCACGACGCGCGUGGCCGUGCGGACACGCGCCGCCGAGUCGAAGCCUGAGCGCGGGCACGGCUCUCCGGAAUGACUUCUUCAAAGAGCUGGAGACCCAGCUGGCGGCCGCGAGGAGGAAGGCGUCGGACGCCCUGCCGGGGAGCAGCUGGAGCCCCUUCGAGACGAACCCCAACCUGCCCCCGGAGAGGGCCGACAUCGUGGUGGUCGGAGGGGGCGUGGUGGGCUGGUCCAUCGCCUAUUGGCUGAAGCAGAAGGAGCGGGUGCGAGAAGGUGUGAGGGUCCUCGUGGUGGAGAAGGACUUAACGUACUCCCAGGCCUCCACCGUCCUGUCCGCCGGGGGGAUCCGACAGCAGUUCUCUCUGCCAGAGAACAUCCACCUGUCCCUGGCCUCCGCCCACUUCAUGAGGAACAUCAACGAGCACCUGGGCGUGCUGAACGAAGACCCGGUGGACCUCCAGUUCAACCACUCCGGCUACCUCUUCCUGGCCAGUGAGAAGGCGGCUCACAUCAUGGAGGAGAACUACAGCACCCAGAGGAAAGCCGGAGCCGAGGUUUCUCUUCUGUCUCCGGAUCAACUGAGGGCAAAGUUUCCGUGGAUGAACACGGACGGCGUGGCGCUCGCCUCCUACGGGUUGGAGAACGAGGGCUGGUUCGAUCCGUGGACUCUUCUGAACGCCUUCAGGAGGAAGGCCAUCUCCAUGGGCGCCAUCCAGUGCUGCGGGGAGGUCACAGAUUUGAAAUUCACCACAAAGCGGAUUUUAACCAGCAACGGCGACGAAGUGAAUCUCAGGAGGAUCAAAUCUGUCAAAGUGCAGAUGCCCGGCAGCCUGGAGUACCAGCCGGUGGAAUGUGGCAUCGUGGUGAACGCGGCGGGGGCCUCCUCCGCCCGACUGACGGAGAUGCUGGGGGUCUGCCACGGGGGCGACGCCGCCGCGACCCGGCUGCCGGUGGAGCCGCGCAAAAGGUACGUGUACGUGGUCCACUGUCCGGACGGGCCGGGCCUGGACACGCCCUUCGUCAUCGAUUACUCGGGAGUUUACUUCCGGAGGGAGGGGCUGGGGGGGAACUACAUCGCCGGGACGUCGCCGGAGGAGGGGGAGGAGCCGGACGCCAGUAACCUGGAGGUGGACCACCAGUUCUUCGAGGACAAGGUCUGGCCCAGUUUGGCUCAUCGCGUUCCAGCCUUCGAGAAGCUGAAGGUGACGAGCGCCUGGGCCGGUUUCUACGACUACAACACCUUCGACCAGAACGCCAUCAUCGGGACGCACCCGCUCGUCGCCAACAUGUACUUGGCCACCGGCUUCAGCGGCCACGGCCUGCAGCAGGCCCCCGCCGCCGGCCGCUCGGUGGCCGAGCUCAUCCUGGACGGGAACUUCACCACGCUGGACCUGAGCGGCCUCGGCUUCCGCCGCAUCCUGGCCCGGGAGCCCAUGCUGGAGAGGAACAUCGUGUAGAGAGACCUGCCAUCAGUAAAAGUAUCAAGGACACGGUGCACAAAUGCAGAACUUUUACUUGUAAAGAUCCAAGAGACAAAAAAAAAUAAUCCUGAAGGAAAGUGUGUGUGUCACAUUUUCAUAAAUUGAUGUGUAAUUGCGGAUUGUAUUUGUUAUUCAACCGUAAGCUGAUUUCUGACCAUCCAAAUGUACUUAAAAGUAACCAAAGGUAAAGUGUGUAGGAUGAUUGGAUAAAUGAGUGUGUUCCCUACAGUGGCGUCUGGUAACUGGUUUAUGACUUUGGUUCUUUUGGGGAAGAAGCGUCUGUUCGGUUUGAGUUGCCGUGGGUGACAAUGUGCACCAGGUGGAGACGUUUCUGUGGGAUUCCAUUAGUAAACCACCUGGAACGUGUUACAAUCAUUCAUUUAAGGUAUUAUUAUGUGUCUGUAAGGAGAAGAUUGAGAAAAGAUCAGAAUAAAAUAACAUACCUUUUUAAAAAAAAAACACAAAUUCCAUUUCACACGGUGAUGAAAACACUAACAGAUGGUUAGUAAGAGUUCACCCAAACGUGCGCUUAAAAUAUUAAUGUUUUUAAAAACGCUGUAUUAAUGAGGUGUGUGUGCAUAUUAGAUCAUGGUGUCUUUUGGUGUUAGACCUCAUUCACCCCAUGUUAACUUUGACAAGCUUUAAAAUAACUCCUCACAUA